AUGGAAAAUAUGAUAUCUUCAACAAAUAGUGCUAGUAGUAAUAAUAAUAAUAAUAAUAAUGUUGAAGUUUCAAAUGGAUUUAUGACACCUAGCAGCAAUAAUAAUAAUAGUAGUACGUAUUUACAGUCACCUCCAAUGACACCAUUUUCAAAUGUAAAUUCAAUAUCAAACAGUUCUGCUGCAUCCGCUAUGUUAUCAGCUGGUCUUGAUCUUACUUCUUCACUAAAGAAAGCAAUGUCUGAAAGAGAUAACAAAGAUAAAGAUAAGGAGAUGAUGGAUAUGGUUACUACUACAACGACAGCAACAAAUCAAAACAAUAGUAUUAAUAAUAAUAAUAAUAAUAGUAUAUCGACACCUAAUAAUAAUAAUAAUAAUAACAACAGUAACAAUAACAAUAGUAAUGGUAAUAAUACAAAUUCAACUACUUCUUCUUCUUCUUCUUCAUCUUCUCUUACACCUACACCAACAACUUCAACCACUACUACUACGACAACAACAUCAACUACAAGUACAUCGACUAAUAGCUCAGCAACACCGACAUCUAGUAAAUUAUUUUCAAGUUCAAUUGCAAGUUCACCGACACCAAAGACUUUUAGAAUCGAAGUGGAUUUGGCAGAAUGUAAUAGGGAGAUUGACUAUCGGUCAUUGCUAAAGAAGGAAGCAGCUGUAUAUCAACGUGCACAAGACAAGCUAAAGAUCAGUGACUCUUUUUACAAGAAAGAUGAAGCAUCACGUUUAAAGUCGUCAGCCGAGCUCGAGGAGGACAUCCUGCCGAUUACAACACCUCACAAGAACAGACUGACUGACGUCAUCAACAAGAUCGAGCAGAUUCACAAUCAACGUGUUGGCGACUCUGAUGACGAUUCCGAUCGAUACGACAGCGACGACUCAUUCAUUGACAACUCUGAGAUGAACAACAUCGAAUCCGAUGUUGAGAAUCACUAUGGUGGAUUCUUUGUACACGUUGGAAAUGUUGAACAAAGAGAGAGAAACAGUGACGAUGAACAGUAUGACGAUGACUUUAGAGGGCAUAGCAGCAAUAGCAACGGUAAUCAUAGCAACGAGAAAUACACACAAGUAAAUGAACAGUCUAAAAAGAGAAAAGUAGAGACAAACACAAGUAGUGGAGCUAAUAAUGGUGGUAACAUCAGACCUACCGUACCGAAAAAGAAAGUUAAAACCAACAACAAUAACAAUAAUGAUGAAUCUGUUAUCAAUAGUUUAUUAUUAAAUUUACAGGAUGAGAUAAAGAAUUUUCCUGAUGACUUGAAGAAUCUACCAAGAAAGAUUAGACCUUUACUUUCGAAUAUAUAUAUUGAAGUUACAAAGUCAAAUUCACAGGGAUUCUUGUCUGGACAUAUCAUUACACGUAUCGCUUCAUUCUGGCCAUUGAAAGAACAGACUAUUAGAGCGCAUCUAAAGAAGGCAUGGGAAGAGAUCGGUGAGAAGACUGUGAUAAAGAAUGAGAGAUUGGCUGAAAAAUUGGUGGAGAAGAUCAACGAGCUAAUCAUAUCUUUCAAGAAAAAUGUUGAAAAAGAAAUGAGUGAAAAACAUAAUAAUAAUGAUGGAGAAUAUAUGUUUAGUAGAGUUUGUAGAGAUUUAUUAUAUCAAAUUGUUUCAACCAAUAAGGAGAUUGUAGAGUUGAAGAAUAAGAAUGCGGAACUAAAGGCAGAGAAAGAAGGUAAAUCGAGUGAUGCUAUCGUUGAGAAGACACAGAGAGGUCAGUUGUACAAGAGAAUCGUUGGAUUGUUUCCAGACGGUUGGAUCACCACCAAGGCAUUGGCAAAUGCUUAUUCAACAGAGAGAAAGAAGGAAUUGAAGAAAUUGGCAAGUGCUGCCGCUACGAAUACCAACAACAACAACAGCAGCAGUGGUACACCAUUGAAAGUGGAAUCAUCUACACCAACCAAGUCAACACAAAAUUCAACACCCAAAUCAACAGAGAAAAAACAGGACGAUAAGAAACAUAAAGAAGAAAGAGAAAAGGAGAAAGAAAGAGAAAAGGAAAAGGAAAAGGAGAGAGAAAGAGAGAAAGAAAAAGAAAGAGAAAGAAAGAGAAGAAGAGAGAAAGAAAAGGAAAAGGAGAGAGAAAGAGAAAAGGAAAAGAGUAGUAGUAGUAAAAGUAGAGAUAGUAAAGAAGGUGGAGAAUCAAGAACAUCAAAAUCUUCUUCUUCUUCUUCUUCCUCUUCUGCAAAAGAUAGAGAUAGAGAAAGAGAAAGAGAAAAGAGAAGAUCUACACCUGAUGAUAAACAUAGACAUAAAGAUAAAGAAAAUAGUAGUAGCAGUGGUAGUAGUAGUAAAAGUAAAGAAAAAGAAAGAGAUAAAGAAAAAGAUAGACAUCGUGAUAAAGAGAAGGUAAAGGAGAAGAAGGAACGUAGAGAUUCUCGUGAUAAAAUGAGAGAUUUCCUUGAUAUCGAUGAUCAAGACGAUGAUAAACUGGUGGACAUUUUAUUUCUCAGAGGCUACCAAAAAGAAAAUAUAAUGGAUUCUUCAUAUUCUUCAACAUCAUCUUCGUCUUCCUCAUCAUCUUCAUCUUCUUACUCAAGCAAUAAUAGUAGCAAUACAAACAGUAAUAAUAAUAAUAAUAACAAUAAUAAUAAUAGUAAUACGAAUAAUAAUGGAUCGAUGAUCAGUGAGAAUAGGUUAUUUGAUUUAUACGAGUAUCUUGGUGUACCAAACGAUGCCACAGAAGAACAAAUUAAAAAGUCAUACAAAAGACUUGCAAAGAUCUAUCAUCCUGACAAACCAACAGGUUCACGAGAAAAGUUUCAAGAGUUGAAUGCAGUCUAUGAGAUAAUGUCAGAUCCCCAAAAGAAGAGAACCUACGAUUACUUCAAGAAGAACGGUGUCAAGAUGCCAUCGAUGGCUAGUCUUAGCGAAGACGAAAGCAAAUUCUUGUUGUCGCACUUCUUUAUUGGUGCAACUAUCGGCACUCUCUAUUGUUUGAUUGCUGUCACUAUCAGCUUCAUAUUCUCUGUGCCAAUGACAACCACUUUCUUCCCAUCACUUCCAAUCUUUAUUGGUCCUGCCAUUGCCAAUCCAGAUCAGAAAUCAUUUGCAUUUGCAUUAGGUGGUUUCAGUGGUAUGAUUGCAUUACCAUUCUAUGCUGCGGGUGUAAGUUAUAAUGUUGGAAAGAAACUUUUAGAAGCACCAUAUAAAUAUAUUAUGGGUGACAAGCAAGAUGGCUCUGACAACAACAACAACAAGUCGGUGUUGGUGUUGGAUGAAUCAGAGUUUGAAUUCAUAUCAAAAGCGAAAGCCGAGUAUGAAAAGGUCGACGAGAUCGAGAGAAAUUGGACAUUCUUGUCGAGCGAAAAGUCAAACAACAACAACUGUCAUACCGAAAUCUUUGAAAAGGUCAUUACAAACAUUGUUGAAAUGUUUGGUGUAAUCGAGAAACACUUUAAUCAGAUGUAUCCCUCAAAUGAUUCAGAUUUAAUAUUAAAGAAAAUGAUUGAAACUAAAAUAUAUUAUGAAGAAAUUGAAAAGAUAAUAAAUAAGGCAACAAAUAACAAUAAUAAUAACAAUGAUAAUACAAGUGAUAAUCAAACAGAAAAGAUAUAUCCAACUUUGGAAGAGGAUACAAAGAGUAAAUUCAAAAAAGUCAAAGAAACACUCAUGAAAACAUUGGAGGAUUUAAAACAAUUUGUUUUGAGCAUUGAAAAAGGAACAGUUUUGAAUACUAUCAAAUAUAAAGAUUAA